AUACAGAUAAAGAUGUUGAACGGAAGAGAAAAGAAUGGUGAUUUGAACAUCAACUGGAAGGAGUACGCAUUGGGUGCGAACCAUUACAAGAGAAAGACAGUUGGCUUUGGCAAAUAUGACAAGAGAGAGAAGGAGUAUGAGAAGGAGAUCUUCAUAAGAGAGAUGUCAAUCAUACAAGGAGGAAUUGGAUGUGCAAUUUGGGAUGCAGCCAUCAUCAUGUCUAGAUGGAUUUACAAACAUACACAAGCUUUCGAGGGACAGAGGGUACUCGAGCUAGGCAGUGGCGUAGGAUUGCCUGGUAUUCUCGCCGCACACUACUGUGAUCGUAUCACAUUGACUGAUUAUCUACCACCUGUGAGUAUGAUACCCUACCCUCUGCUUGAGAACCUCCAAUACAACGUUGAUAUGAACUCAAAGAAAGAGACAUUGGAUGGCGAUGAUGCUGAUGAUGAGGAGGCCGCUAGGGUCAAUGCUAGAAUGAUGGACAUCAAGUCAAAGACAGAGAUAAAGUAUUUGAACUGGGAUGAAAUUGAUAAUGUGGCAGAUGAUGAGCGAUAUGACAUUAUAUUUGGAAGUGAGCUCACUUACAGCUUGCUGAGCGUGGACAACUUGAUCAAAGUGAUCGAGAAGUACUUAAAGCCAGAUGGUGUAUUUUAUGAGAUAUUGUCCGAUGAUAGAGAUGGCGUAAGCUAUUUCUUGGAGAAAAUGAAAGAGAGACAGUACAAGUCACACAUUGUUCCAGUGGACAAUCAGUAUCUUGGUAAUUAUGGCACGAAACAAAGAGAGGAGACCUACAAAUUCUAUACAUUCAUGCUUAACGGUGGUAUGGCAGCUGCAUCCAGCAACCGUGUACUAAUG